AAUUUCUGUCACAAAAGCACGCCUGCAGGUUAAUUCAUUGGCAUUCGGACCGACCUGUUAAACGGAUACUUACGCCCGUGCAUGAUUGAUGGUCGCCGUCCGGAUCAUCUGAUGCAUAUUAAACCCAGAUUAAUCCCGCAACUGUCUUCCGCAAGCAUCACCUUUUCACUUCAUUCCUGCUAUCUUAUACAUACCUCGCAGUAGGAGUGAUCGACAAAAUGGCAGAGCCUAUUGGUAUGGCUUCUGGACUGCUCGCCCUGGCUACUUUUGCCCUUCAAUCUGGAAUCGCACUGUAUGAAACGGUCAAGAGUUUUCAUUCUCAUCCGAAACGCGUACGGGACCUAAUAGAAGAGCUUGAGGCUUUAUGCGGGGUUCUAGCUCCCCUUACGGAUCUAGUCAAUUCUACCGCUGAUGUGGACCUCUCUGCACCUGAACUUCCCUUACUGCGAUGUGGAAACGCCUGCAAAGAGUUCGAGGAGGAACUGAUAAAGUGUUCGUCGCGGUCCGGUGGCAAUCGGACGAGUUUUCGAGACUGGGCUAAGUUAAGGUACAUGAGUGACGACAUCGAUGGUUUCAGGCGAUUACUAGCCGGGUAUAAAUCAACUAUUAACAUUGCUCUCGCUGAUGCAAACCUCCGUCAAUCUGCCCUCACCGCUGAAAGCCUCGAAGUCCACAAAGAUCUCAUCGAAACCGCAAAAUCUGACCUCGAGGCUCAUCUGGAGAGCAUUGAUGGAAAGAUUGAACUUCUAUUCGCACAGACUGCGGCAAACACUGACUCGGAUACUUCGGAAAUGCAACUUCUAAAGGAAGAGCGGCUGAGCACGGAAAAAUGUCUCCAGAUCUGCGCCCAGUUGUCCGACCAUAUUAAUCAGAUUCAGCUCGUGACCCAGCGCAGUAGCGACUCCGCCGAAGCAGAUACUCCAGAUGCCUUAUCCGAAAGACUCACCAAUGAGGGUCUGGAAGAGUGCAAGACAAGUAUUACUCGUACGACCGCAAAGUUGGAAAGGCAUAUGCAAGAUAUAAUGAACCGAUUGUUGUCAAAAUCAAGGAGGGCUAUGACAAAUGAGGCGGAGUUUACGGAGCUCGCAAGAUUGCGCGAUGAAUGGGAGACAGUCCGCCAGUGCAUAGAUAUUUGCUCCAGAGCAGACAACCAUUUAAAGGAGAACAUCAGCAAAGUUGAAAAUUACGGAACUGGCGACGCGGUGCAAUUCAUGGUGUCGACUGGGAAGAAGACUAUCCAUGGUAAAAAUCGAGGGCUUGGAUGGAGAACGAGGCAGGUUGCAGGCCAUCUAAGUGAUGCCUCACUCCAGCAGAUAUCAAGGGACAUGACAAGUAUUAACUUGCAGUAUCCUGCAAAAGAGGGACCACCUUUGCCAGCCAAUACCCAUUCCGAUCCGGUUAAUGGAGUGGAAAGCGAACGUACUUCAGAAUUCAGGGAACGGUAUGGACAAGGUUUCAGGCUUCCAGCUAGCUUUUCUUCUUGCAUACCUACAUCUUCGACAAACUUAGCGGAGGUGAAGUUAAAUAGCCCCAGGGGGGAACUAUGAAAUUUAGGCUUCUUUGGUUCAAGCACGCCUCCUCCCAGCUAUCGGAAUUCCUUUUCUCCCCCUUCCCUCAUUCUGUGUCCAAGGUGGCGGAUACGAUCACAAAUGAUUUUGGUUUAACCAUAUUUUUUCUACCAAUUUGCGGAUUUUCUAGAGCUAUAUGAUAUAUGCGUUAGAAGUCACUGGAUGUCAUAUUGGCCUUGCUCUUCGUCUCUUUUUGCGGAAGAUGAGCCUCCGGAAAUAUUUCUCACGAGGAGAAUGUUCGGCACGCUUAGCAAAGUUCCCGUAGUGCCGUUGUUCUCUAGUGGUGG